AUGGGAGCGCGCGCGAUUUGGUUCCAGAACGCAUGCCUCCGCCUGAAAGAUCCGUGUACUGAUGUCUCUUUCUUCGCCCCCGAUAGGUUUUUGAUGAAAUUGAACAACGAGUCGGUGACGAUCGAGCUCAAGAACGGGUCCGUCGUGCACGGCACCAUCACCGGCGUCGACAUGCAGAUGAACACCCACCUCAAAACCGUCAAGAUGUCGAUGCGCAACCGCGAGCCCGUCAGCCUCGACACGCUCUCCAUCCGCGGCAACAACAUCCGCUACUUCGUCCUCCCCGACGCCCUGCCCCUCGACACCCUCCUCGUCGACGACGCCCCCAAGCCCAAGGGCAAGAAGAAGGACGACGUGCGCGGGCGCGGGCGCGGCGGGCGCGGGGACCGCGCGAGGGGGAGGGGACGCGGGAGGGGCCGGGGACGCGGGUUCUGA